AGCCGUAGCCAAUCAUCGCAGAAGGCCGAAUCGCGGCGGUUUGCUAAACGCGUGCGGGGGAGGUGGCUUCUUCCGGCUGGGGCGAGAGGUGGUUACGUUUGGUGAAGGACACCAGCUGCGGAAUUUUUGGCUUUGGCAGAUUGAAAUCAUGGCAGGUCCAGAAAGUGAUGCGCAAUACCAGUUCACUGGUAUUAAAAAAUAUUUCAACUCUUAUACUCUCACAGGUAGAAGGAAUUGUGUACUGGCCACAUAUGGAAGCAUUGCUUUGAUUGUCUUGUAUUUCAAGUUAAGAUCCAAAAAAACUCCAGCUGUGAAAGCAACAUAAAUGGAUUUUAAACUGGCUACAGUUCUUAACCUCAUCUGUUAAGUUCCCAUGCCUGGAGAAGCUAUCCCAACUCAUCAUGUGAUAAUUCAAUUUGUACAAUAAAUUAUGAACCUGGAAAA